ACAUUGUUACGGUGGUUGAAGAGAAAAAGACUUGGAGACUAUGACGAUGGAGCAACUUCUUGGAUCACUACAAGCUUAUGAAGAAAAGAAGAAGAAGAAAGAAGAUAUUGUGGAGCAAGUUCUCAAGAUGAGAAUUGAUUACAGGGAAGAAAGUGGCCAAAGCAAUCCAAGAUGUGGUGGCGGUCAUUUCCGAGGACGAGGUCGUGGUGUAAAUGGACGAGGUUGGAGACCAUAUGAAGAAAACUUCAACCAAAGAGGAGAGAACUCAUCAAGAGGUCGUGGAAGAGGAAAUCCAAAAUCAAGGUAUGAUAAAUCAAGCAUCAAAUGCUAUAGUUGCGGGAAGUUUGGACAUUAUGCUUCUGAAGGCAAAACUCCAAACAACAAUAGAGUUGAAGAGAAAUUCAACUAUGUUGAAGAAAGGAAAAAAGAAGAAGAUAUGCUAUUGAUGGCUUACAAGAAGGAUGAACCAAAUGAGGUUCACAAGUGGUACCUUGAUAGUGGUGCAAGCAACCACAUGUGUGGGAAUAAAAGCAUUUUCGUGGAGCUCGAUGAAUCGGUGAAAACCAAUGUGGCUUUGGGAGAUGAAUCGAAGAUGGAGGUGACAGGUAAAGGAAAUAUUCUCAUCCGCUUAAAGAAUGGAGAUCAUCAAUUCAUUUCCAACGUUUACUACAUUCCAAGCAUGAAGACCAACAUCUUGAGCCUAGGACAACCCUUAGAGAAAGGUUAUGACAUUCGACUAAAAAAGUAAUAGCCUUUCUUUAAGAGAUAAAUAAAAUAAUCUUAUUACAAAGGUGCCGAUGUCAAACAAUAGAAUGUUUGUCCUAAACAUUCAAAAUGACAUUGCACGAUGUCUCAAGAUAUGCUACAAGGAGGAAUCUUGGCUUUGGCAUCUUCGAUUUGGGCAUCUCAACCUUGGAUGCUUAGAGCUACUUUCCAAGAAAGAAAUGGUGAAAGGAUUACCUUGCAUCAAUCAUCCAAUCAAUUGUGUGAAAGUUGCUUACUUGGAAAGCAAUUCAAGAUGAGUUUUCCAAAGGAGUCGGAGACAAGAGCAAGAAAGCCACUAGAACUCAUACAUAUAGAUGUAUGUGGUCCGAUCAAACCAAGUUCACUUGGUAAGAGUAACUACUUCCUUCUCUUUAUUGAUGACUUUUCAAGAAAAACAUGGGUUUAUUUUUUGAAACAAAAAUCAGAAGUGUUUGAAAAUUUCAAAAAGUUCAAAGCCCAUGUUGAGAAGGAAAAUGGUCUUAAGAUCAAGUCCAUGAGAUCGGAUCAAGGAGGAGAAUUUAUGUCCAAGGAGUUUCUGAAAUUUUUUUGAAGAUAAUGGCAUUCGAAGACAGUUAACGGUGCCAAGAAACCCUCAAGAAAAUGGAGUAGCGGAAAGAAAGAAUAGGACAAUACUUGAGAUGGCAAGAAGCAUGCUCAAGAGUAAGAAGCUACCAAAGAAGUUGUGGGCAGAAGCAGUUGCUUGUGCGGUUUUUUUAUCAAACCGUUCUCCAACAAAAAGUGUUUUAGGAAAGACACCACAAGAAGCUUGGAGCGGAAGGAAGCCCGGUGUGUCGCACUUAAAAGUUUUUGGAAGCAUUGCUCAUGCUCAUGUUCCAGACGAGAAGCGGAGCAAACUAGAUGAUAAAAGUGAGAAGUACAUCUUCAUUGGGUAUGACGCUAACUCCAAAGACUACAAGCUUUACAAUCCUGAAACAAAGAAGACAAUCAUUAGUCAGAAUGGCAUCUUUGAUGAAGAAGGAUAAUGGGAGUGGAGAUCAAAUAAUGAAGACUACAACUUCUUUCCAUCCUUUGAAGAAGAGAAUGUGGAGCAACCGAGAGAAGAGC